UUUCUCACUAAACCUAACUCAUCAAGCAUUCAAAUACAAACAUUGUUCAGCUAUGACCAACAUUUACUCUAUGACUGUUUUUCUCCUCUCCCUCUUAUUGUCCUUGUCUUGUCAAAGCAUAAUAAUCGAGGCUAGGGAAGGCAAAGGAUGUAUAGGCAAGUGUUAUAGAUCUCCAACUCCUUCUCCUUUGAUGAUGGAUUUAGAAGAAACAGCCAACAAAGAGUGUAUGAACCACAAAGGACAUAAAAUGAGAUGUCAUUGCAAGUGUCCUAAGUCAAAAUCUCCUACUCAUUCUCCUGUGAUGAUGGAUUCAGAAGAAGAAGCCAACAAAGAAUGUAUAGACCAUAAAGGACAUAUAAGAAAAUGUCACUGCAAGUGUCCUAAAGCUAAAGCUCCAGCUCCUUCAAUUAUUUAUCAUGGUUUUUAAAUUAGAUGUAACCCUAAAAUAUAUUUUCUUUAUAUAAUAUUAAUAAAAAUGGUCAAUAUAA